AGAGCAGCAGCAGUCCUUCAGUCCGGCGCUGGCGUUCACACACACACACACACACACGCUCUGACACGCGCGCGCGCAAACACACGCAUACACGCGUCUUCACUCUGCGUCUCUGGACAUGAACACCUGAUUUUUCUCACCUGCAUGAUGGAGAGCUAGAAAACAACAACAACAAAAAAACAAAAUAAACAAAAACAAAACAGCUGAACGAAUUCAAAGAGCGCCAUGACCUGCGCUUUUUGACUCGCGAGAGAGAGAGAGAGAGAGAGAGAGAGAUGAUUCAGCCCGAGCUCCACAAUCAUGUGGCUCCUAACACGGAGCCCAGUCCUGCAGACACAGCUCCAGCAUCCCCCAGCCUGCUGCACAGGAUCCGGAGAGUCUUCACCAGAGAGCUCCUCCUCACGCUGGCACUUGGUCAGGUCCUGUCUCUGCUCAUCUGCGGGAUCGGACUGACCAGCAAGUACCUGGCCACCGAUUACCAUGCCAACACACCCGUGUUCCAGUGCUUUCUCAACUACAUCCUGCUGUUCCUGGUCUACACCACCACACUCGCAGUCAGGCAGGGUGAAGAGAAUUUACUGGCGAUCCUGAAGAGACGAUGGUGGAAGUACUUGAUCCUCGGCGUGAUCGAUAUCGAAGCCAACUACCUGGUCAUUAAAGCUUACCAGUACACCACGCUGACCAGUGUACAGUUGCUGGACUGCUUCGUCAUCCCCGUCGUGCUCCUGCUGUCCUGGUUCUUCCUGCUGGUGAGGUAUAAGGUGGUGCAUUUCGUCGGCGUGGGCGUCUGCCUGCUCGGCAUCGGCUGCAUGGUGGGAGCCGACGUGCUGGUGGGACGACAGCAGGGUCUUGGGGACCAUAAGCUGCUGGGAGACCUCCUGGUUCUAGCCGGUGCAACUCUAUAUGGCAUUUCUAAUGUGUGUGAGGAAUUCAUCGUGAAGAACCUGAGUCGUGUAGAGUUCCUGGGUAUGAUGGGUCUCUUCGGUUCCUUCUUCAGCGGCAUUCAGCUAGCCAUCAUGGAACACAAGGAGCUGUUGAAGGUGCAGUGGGACUGGCAGAUAGGGUUACUCUACAUCGGAUUUAGCGCCUGCAUGUUUGGCCUGUACAGCUUCAUGCCUGUGGUGAUCAAAAGGACCAGCGCCACGACGGUCAACCUGUCUCUGCUCACUGCUGACCUGUACAGCCUCUUCUGUGGCCUCUUUCUAUUUCAGUACAAGUUUUCAGCUCUCUACCUGCUCUCGUUCUUCGUCAUCCUGCUCGGCUUGGUGAUCUACUCCUCCUCCUCCACCUACGUUGCCCAGGAUCCUCGCGUUUAUAAGCAGUUCCGCAACGCAGGGAAUCCCGUCCCGGACACGCCCAACGUCGGUCCCCUGGAGCCUUCAGUGACCUACAGCAGCCUGGGGCAGGAGAUAGAGGACGAGCCUCGGGUCCGGGUUGCCUGAGGGGGCGGAGUCUCAUGCACGCAAUCAUCCACGGCCCCUCCCGCAGCAUUUAGAAAGUGAAUGAUGAUAAUAACAGAAUAAUGUAUAUAACCACGUAGCAAACAAGUACACUGUGAUCACGAACUGUGAAUAGGUAGCAGUGAUCUCGGACCGUCUCGGAUCCAUCGUGUAUAAACCUCAUCGCCGACAAACGCAACAGUUUAAAUGUUUAAGGAUCUGUGCUGACUGUUUGUGCAAAAUCUCAAUCGUGACUUUUAUUUUCUUACAUGAGCACAAAAGGGUUCGGUGUAUCAGAAAUUUUGACUUUUUUGUAAAUCAUUAACGUUUUGAUGGAACGAUUCGGCCAAAAAUUUGAAUGUAAAGUAUAUAAUCUUACUCCUUAUGUUAAAUGAAGUCAGCUUUUUAAGCUUUGCACUGGAGCAACACAAGGCUAACGUGGCUAACACUUUAUGUUUAUAGCUACCAGCUUAACAUAAUCAACUGCAUGCCUGAAUCAUCACACAAUCACCUUACACACUCUCUGGAGCCCUUUUUAGGGUCUUUGCAUAUGUGGUUUUUGGCACUGCGAUUAGAGAAAUGGACAAAAAACGAAUAUUUCAGAGCUGAACGCUGGAAUCUGGCUCAGGUAGGAGGUAGGAGGUGUGGCCUGGAAUACGCAAAUUGAAUAGGAUGAUGAAUAGGAUAGAAUUUCGAACCGGUUUGAUUUUUCUAUUACAUUUUCUUAAUGCAGACUGUUAUAUUAUAAACUGUUUACAUACAAAUGGUGUAACUGAGGCGCAUGCAGUUGUGGUGCUAAAAUGGCGGCUACUCGCUUUCAUUGUUGAGUCCACAGCGUCGUUAGAUUCCCGGAUCUGACUGCUCGGAAGGUUUGGAUUCAUUUUGCGUACUCUGACGGCAGCUCUGUCAGUAGCGCCGGCUUAAAAAGUUACCGUUUGUGUAAUUACACAAGGACUUAUCUGGUGGACGCUCAACAUAGUCUGAGAGGAUCAGAAAUUAUCACAUCAUAGAAAUACUGAUCGCUGAUAAUACGUUUUUGUUGGGUUUUUUUUGUAGAAACUUCAAAAAAAUAAAAAUAAAA